UCCAUCGUCCCAGAGAAAUCUCGGUAGCGUUUCGAUUCGUUUCAGAAGCUUCGUCAAUGGAUUUCAUGAAGGUUUGGGAUCAAGCAGUGCGGGAGAUAAAGAGGGAGGUGAAUUUGAAGGUCCUCAAAGUCCCGGAGAUUGAGCAAAAGGUGCUGGAUGCAACCAGUGAUGAACCUUGGGGUCCUCAUGGAACUGCUUUGUCUGAAAUUGCUCAGGCCACCAAAAAAUUCACUGAAUGUCAACUGGUCAUGAAUGUCCUAUGGAAUAGAUUGAUGGAUACUGGCCAGAAUUGGCGACAUGUUUACAAAGCACUGUCUGUCAUUGAGUACUUAGUGGCAAAUGGUUCAGAAAGUGCACUUAAUGACAUUCUCGAGCAUAGCUAUCAAAUUUCAUCAAUUUCAGGUUUUGAAUAUGUUGAACCCAAUGGAAAGGAUGUUGGAAUCAAUGUGAGAAAGAAGGUAGAAACCAUUCUAGCUCUUUUGGAUGAUAGGGAAAGGAUACAAGCAGCCAGGGACAAAGCUACUGCUAACCGUGAAAAAUAUUUUGGACUGUCCUCAACUGGAAUAACAUACAAGUCAAGUUCAGCAUCAUAUGGUAGCGAUGGCUUUUAUGGUACUUACCAUGGAGGGGCAAGUGGCAGUAAAGAAACUGGAUCUUUCAAAGGUAGUUCUCCUGAUAGAGAUCGAUAUGGUUAUCCUGUAUCAAAUUAUCACAAGAAAGAUGGCGAAAACAAGUCAAAUAGUAGCUUGUCCAAAGAAAAUGAAGGGAUUAAAGUGAAAAAGGUAGUUAGUGGCCGCGUGAGGGAUCAAGAUUCUUUACCAUCCAUAAUAUUAAAACCAUCGAUUAAACCAACUCUAACUCCUAAAAGCUCAAGCACACAACCAAGCAGUAAUGAGGAUGAUUUUGAUGACUUUGACCCUCGUGGAUAUUCUGCAUCUGCAUCAACUAGCUCAAAUAGCAACCAGGUGGACUUAUUUGCACAAAGCAUGAUUGGCGAUCUCAUGGAUGCAUCUGCUGCUAUUCCAAAAGAAACAACCUCUGUCAGAAAUGUUGCCACACUUGAAGUUGAUCUCUUUGCAGAAGCAACUUUUAUAUCAGCCUCUCCUCAAUCAGAAGCAGCAAGUGUUUCUCAUAGUCAGGGAAAUGUUGAUUUCUUUGCCUGUCAGUCUGAUUUCAACAAUGCUGUCAACCAAAACAUAGACUUUUUCGCAGCAUCCAAUCCCGAUGUGUUUACUAAGAAUAAUGAGUCAUCCAAAUUGGAAACUGCAAAUAUUUUCGAUCCUUUUGUUGCAGUUCCCCUGAAUAACUCGGAAGAAUCUGAUCUAUUUGGUGUCUUCACUGCUCAUUCUGAUCCUGUGUCUUCAGAGCAUACUCAGAAUUCUUCAACAAAAGUUAUGGACAAUUCAGAACAGGUUUCAUCACCAGUAUCAAAGCCAACACCAAAAAAGGAUACUUCUCAGAUUAAGUCUGCAAUUUGGGCUGAUUCAUUAAGUCGGGGACUCAUUGACUUUAAAUAUAACUUCUCCUAAGAAAAAAUCUCCAAGAUGAAUGGGGGCAACUGGAAGUUUCACAAACUUUGGCCAACAACAAGAACAGUUUGGGACAUUUAAGAGAUGGAUGGAUUGAUAGGAGGAUCUUCUUAACUCAUCUUCCCUUUUAUUUUUAUUUUUCUCUUUUAUUAUCUUCUCUUAAUAAUCAUCUCAAAUUAAUGUGACCCAUGAUGUCCUGAGUAUUCAUUCAUUCUAUUUAUCCUGUGUUGAGCAUCUCAAUCAAUGUAAUAAACCAAAGGUAGCAUCAACUUUGUCUAUAUACAUAUGUACUAAUCUCAAUUCUUCAUCAUCA